GUCUGGAACAUAUUGAUUCGUUUACAUAAACAUCAUGCUAGCGGACGCCGGGCAGAGGGUCUCGUACAGAUCCGCGCAUCGCCAUUAGCCAGACCGCGCGGAUCCUCAUUUUAAAUAUAUGCAAAGUCGAUAAAAAGCACAUCUCACCAGCACCAACGCACCACUUCUCCCCUCUUCCCAUACUUACAUCAUACGCCAUCCCCUCUUAAUCCUAAUAUACUACCUACCUACCUCUUAUUAGAUAUCUAAAAGAAACUUCUAUCAUCCUAAUUCUUAAUUACCAUCCAUCUAUCACACACACCCAACCCUCCAAAAUGCCUUCCCUCACCAACCUCAUCACCCCCCUAGCAGCCUUCCUCCUAGCCUCCGCCACCACAGCCCUCCCCACCACCACACCCGUCAGCCCGGCUCCGGCCAUAGCGGUGAGAAGCACAAGUUGCACAGGCUCCGGCAACACCACCCAGCUGUACGCAAGCGAUCUGUACCCCUUGUUCCCAGGGGACCCGGACCUAGCGAAGCCGGCAACCGAGGACUUCCACGUGCAGUACAACAACCAGACGGGGUUAGCCAUCUCGCAAGCGGCGCACUUCGGGGGGCUGCCCAGCGGCGCGACGGGGUGCGCGUUCGGGUGGUCGCAGGACGACGCGUCCGUCGGCGUCCUGGUCGCCGGCGGCGACGGCCUUUUGGCCGGACGCCAGCUCUCGGGGUUCCCCUCCGAUGCUACGGCGGCGCGUGGCGUGUCCUCCGCGGCCGUAGCGCCGUUCGAUACCGCGAGCCCCGAGGAUGCUUUCCAGACGGAGUUUACCGGCUGGGAUCGCGAGGCCAAGGGGACGUAUCAUACCUCUGGGCCGGGCAAGAUUACGUGCGCGGAGGACGUGUACUUGAUUAUUGAGAAGCCGAAGACUACGAAUGGGAAUGUGUUUUUGAAGAAGACGGAGGGGGCGGGGAUAUUUAUUGAGUAUAUGUGCUAAUUUUGGUUAUGAGUGGUGGGGAUAGAAAAUGGGUAUCGGGGAGUACGUGAAUUGGGUUGAAGGAUAAUGUUUUGAAACGAUCUGCUUUAUGAUUCUGGCGGCGCAUCAUGAGUUGUAUUGGGUUAUUUGAAAAGUAUUGAAUUCUCGUGUCUAUAUUAGGGUUAUUGUCCUUGCUCACUUUACAUAAUGGCUUAAUACUUCGCUUCUAGCAUCACCAAGUCAAUAUCAUAUAUUUUUGGAAAUGUUUCUUCUUUUACAUGCAUAGAGAUAUGUCUUAAUUGAAUCAAGAGUUGACUGAUGCACGAAUCGGGUUUUGCGCCAUCUGAAAGUAGUUUACAUUGACAGUCUACUUAAUCUC